AUGGACUACGUCCGAUGCGCUGCCUUGCACAACAUGAUCCUUAUGGAAGGCUGGGUGGGCUCUGGAAAGCCUCUGGAACACAACAGCGGCGACGAUCGAGUAGAAUUUCUGCGCCGUCGGAACUGGUUUGAAUUCUACGGGGCUGCUGCCGAGAGAGUGCGCAGCCGUCUCUCGCCAUGCUUGAUAGCGUUUUUGGAAAAGGCCUGGGUCGUAGAUAACCACAAUCUACACUACUAUGUUGCGGGCUUAUCUAGCCCCGACUACCUAUGGCCGUACCGUCAAGGAGGGAACGGGGGAGAGGACGCGGACCGCUAUGUGACGCUUUAUACCGCGACCGGCGUCGUUCCUGGCUACAGUUUGGAGCCAUACGGCUUAGUCUUUGACCAACAAGAAAACAAAGCGAUUAUAAGGACGGCCAUGUCUGACUCCGCGAUUAUCGGCAAUGGUCGCCAGCAGUGGUUCAACCUUGAAGUUGUCCUCAGCGCCUGGUUUGAUAUGUUAAGAGCAGGCAAGGUGAAGGCCGUUACUCCCGACGUAAAGGUUCCAAACGAGAAAUUCGACCCGUGGAUAAUCCUACCCUAUAGCAAUAGCCAGAUGCAAGAAACGCUUGUCGUCUACCACCAACUCUUGGAUGCGAUUGAGUCUCGUAUUUACAUCACUCUUAAUAUCCCGGGAUUUCCUAAGCCAGAGGGUCAACGCCCACUCAUCCCUAGCGAUUCUCUAGAAGCGUUGAACAUAUCAAAGGGAUUCGCUUGGGAAUUUCUAAGCAAAGCACGACGGCCGUUAUUCCGUUAUAUUGCCCCGGGACUGGAAGUAAUCUCCACAGACACAUUCAGCUACCAGCCCUUCAGUGCGGUCGACCCCGGCAUACAUCAAGAGUACCUAGAGACGCCUUCAACAACUCAGUUUCCUAUCUUACUAUUCCGGGCCGCGGAGAUGUUCCACGCCUUCCCUAGUCCGCACGGAGCGAAGGAUCGCAGGGGAUCCCAUCUCCCAUUCUCCUGGCCGUGGUCUCAGGUAAAUGCAUACCCCGCGGGACUCUACUUGACCGACUCGGACCAGAAAACCGUACGCUUCGAAGACGGCGUCCGUCUGGUGCUGCCAUUUGGUAUUGGAUCACGCGGAUAUGCACGCACAAGCGACGGAGCGAGGUUCGGAGAAAUCAAAGACAAACAGGGCGUCGUCCAGCCACGCGAUACACACGCCGACUUGUACCAACUGGGAUAUGUGCCAUUCAUUGGUUCACACCCGGUUCGCCUCGCUCAAGUCCUGAGAUCGUGGCUCAAUCAAGUCGAAAGUGGCGCGUGGAAGGUGGGCAGGGAUGGUGUGAUGGGCGGUAUCGAGAAAUGGCGAGAAGCUGAUACGGAGGCUGGUUGGGCUGGAUAUGGAGUACCAGUCAGUUGGUAA